AAUCGAUCGAAGGAUCAUUCAACUGUAAACAUGAAGGGAUUCAUCGUGAUCGCCGUCCUGGCUCUGGCCGCUGUCUCCAACGGAUCCUACCUGCCAGCUGUGCAGUCGGUCCUUCCGUACUCCUACAACUCCGGACUCUAUGGACUGGGUCUGAACUCGUAUGAUGGUCUGGGUCACUAUUCCGGGCUUACUGGACUUGGAUAUUCCUCUGUGUUGGAUAAUGGACUGUCCUACCCUUACUCGGCCGCUCUUCCGUACUCUGUCUACAACAACGGUUUGUACGGAGGAUACUACGGCGCCAAGUACGCCCCGACUGUGGUCCAGGCCAACGUGAACACUCUGAAGACGGUCAGUCCGCUGGGUCUGUAUGGAGGUUACGGUGUGGAAAACGGAUACGGUCUGGGUCACGGAUAUGGCUACGGAUACAACAACUACCUCCCAGCCCAGGCUCAUGCUGCGAAGUACGUUGCAGCCAACCCGGGAGCCGUCCAUGUGGCCCCUCUACCAGGACAUCUAGUCAACCAAAAGUCGGUUGUGGCCUAACGAAUUUUGAUUGUAUGACGUGUUUUAAUAAAGGUUAUUAGUGAAAUCUUAAACGUAAAGGGCUUCCAAAUUAAUCGAACGUUAUUACAUAUUGUUCUGGUUUAUGUACAAAUGGAAAUUUUACAAAAAAAAUGGAAAUGGUAUAAACUACACUGAGUGUGCGUGCCGUAAAUUAUUCUAGUUUAGUCUCGGUAAAUGAAUCGCGA